GCAUCUCAGAUACAUUGUCAGACUCUGUCUUCAACACUCCCCACACAUAUUCAGGACGCCAGAUACCAAAUACAAUGUCCGCAUCAAGGGUACUCAAACUGCUCUCGGCACUUGGGUUUGCAGGCGCUCUUCUCUUCGCUGUGAUCUUCCAGCAUUUGAUGCGCCUUCAACCUGAUGCCGGUCCUCAAAACCAAGUUGUUGCCAUCGAAUUUGGAAGAAGUUACAGUCGUGUCUCAGCAUUUAGGAACAACAGCUUCGAGAUUAUCACUGAUCAUCAAAACCGCAGCAAGAUCCCAUCUUACGUGGGCUUCACUGAGUUUGGAGUCCCACUGACUGGCUUUGAAGCAAAAGCGCAAGCUGGCAGUAACCCGGGGAAUACCAUAUAUGACCUCAGCCUCAUCCUCGGACUCUCAUGUUCUGACCCCUCUCUUCAAUCCAUCAUCAAAGAGCUACGCUACGAUGUCGUAUCCCACGACAACCAUACUUCAGUCAAACUUCAUAUCAAUGGAACAGCCCAAUAUUUCACGCCUGCUGAAAUCCUAUCCCACCAUCUCACCCAUCUGAGAAACAUUGCCUCGGCACAGCUGAAUCAAACAGUCUCCUCAGCCGUCAUCUCCGUCCCAUCCUAUUUUGCCGAUCCACAGCAACAAAUUGUCCUUACAGCUGCUGGACUCGCUGGUUUGGAAGUAAAGAGAUUCAUCAGCGAAGAAACAGCCGCUGGUAUUGCACAUCAUAUUGAUACUAUGAUCGCGAGACACGGCAGAAGGGAGGAUAAUUUCCUGAUUUGCAAUCUCGGCGAGCAGGAGUCGAGUAUCGCUGUUGUAUCUGUACUUAAUGGCGUUCUGGAGACGAUUGGACUACAGACUGAUAGUACGCUUGGAGAGACUCAUCUGAAGGACGAGCAUCUCCGUCAUGUGACAACGCCUGACAGAAUCCAAGUGCUCGUUAAGCAAGUUCUUGAGGAUGCAAAAAUUGGCGAGAAGGAUGUCAAAGCUAUUGUGCUUACUGGAGAUCCCUCGAAGACAGGGAUAGUCCAGCCAAUACUAGAAGGACUUCUCCGUGGGAGGAAAAUUCUACAGGCAAAAGAAUUCGCAUCUGAUGAAGCUGUGGUAUACGGAGCUGCUCUACAAGCACAUUCUGUCUCGGAUGAUUAUGAUGGUGUCUUUCCGUCAUUGGUGGAUGUGACCUUUUUGAGUUUGGGUAUUGAAACGCAAGGAGGUGGAUUUGAGAAGGUGAUACAAAGGGGAACAGCCAUCCCGACAGUGAAGAUGCGAGUGAUUACUACGAUGAUGGAUGAGCAGGAGAAGGUUGUGAUAAUUGUUUUGGAAGGGGAAAGACUGGUGGCAAGCAAGAGUCGGGUGCUGGGGAGGCUUGAGCUAAAUGGUCUUCCGAAGAGAGGGAAAAGGGAAGUGGAAAUCGAAGUAAUGUUUGAGGUCGAUUUUUAUGGAGUCUUGACCGUUGUUGAAUUAGAAAGGGAGAGUGAGAAGAAGGCGAAAGCUGUUGUUAUGCUUGAUUCUGAUCGAUUUAACGCGGAGGGGAUAGACUCGAUUGUCACAGAGGCGCAAGGAAGUACAGAGGAGGAUGAAGCGAUACUAAGAGAUCUUUUGAAGAGGACGGAUCUAGGAGGAGAUGAGAAGUACGGAGUGGUGGUUAAGUGAUGAACAGCGGCUUUAGCACCCAUUCAGCCAAGCAUUGACCGCACUAGUCUCAAAAUCCACAUCCAAGUAUUCUGCC